CCUAGCACCCGCCCUACAUCUUCCGUAACCGCCGACGGCUCACAUACAACAUCAUAUAGGCGCCGGCCAUGUCAACGACAAUGGUCAUGACAAUGGCAGCACCCACUCUCUCUGCUGAUUCUACGCCGUGCUGCCCGGGCUGUGGCUACUCAUUACCUCUCGAUCACAGCCAAGUCCAACUACUUGAGGCCCAGGCCCGUAUCGAAGAUCUCGAAAACCAGGUCCGUCUUCUUAAUGAGAAGGCCACUGCCGCCGUCGAUCGAUGGGCCGAUUACGAAGAUGAACUCGCCAAUUUGCGCGCCCAGCUACCCUCAUCACCAACCCAGAAACAACUACCUGCGACGCCUACAAACGCUCGCAUGUCAUUCCUACAGAGCGGCACCAGUCGGCUGUCAUCUUUCCUCUCCCCGCGCAAGUUACACGAACUUCCCCAUAUCGACACCAACUCCUCCCGGCCUUCCAACCAGCGUUCCAUAAGCAGCCAAUCGCACCGCCCACAACAGUUGCAACCCCCGCCAUCUCCAUCAGCCGAAGAUCUUCUGGAGGCGCUCAAUCGAGAACAAUGUUUGCGCAAGGAAGCCGAAGGCAAGGUUGCAGCUACCAGCCAGGAGGUUGAGGAGCUCAGCGCUGCCCUCUUCGAGCAGGCAAAUGAAAUGGUCGCUGAGGAGAGGCGUGCCCGGGCAAAGCUAGAACAGCGCGUGGAUGAGCUGGAGCGACGAGAUCAAGAGAAACGAAGACGUCUCGAUAAAUUAGAAGGGGCCAUGACGAGGAUCGAGAGAGUAAGAUUACUAUUGGCAGAGGCGGAAGAGGAUGUCGAGUCAAGCAAAAAAACCGUCAAAGAGAUUGAGGAGCUAGAACGGCAGCAGGAAGAGGAAGAACGAAAAGAAAAGGAGCAAUCGAAGCCGAAACAACCUCAGCACGACAGCCGUGAUUCGAUUUACAGCGUACCUGUUGAUGAGCAUCCGGAAAGACGGUCUCUAGAAGGGCACAGUAGCAAAAAACAGCUGAAUGAUGAUAACUGA